GGGCCUUCAGGCAUAGCGGCGGCCAUCUUUAGUACUGGAAACUGCCUUUAUAAAGUGGCAGAGCUGCUUACCUGUAAUAUAUUUCCGAUAAACAGACAGAGGAACAACUUAUCAGUCUACUGGUUGCCCUAUACUGUGUGAGCUAAGCUCCUAGCAGUGGCAGGGUAUACUUUCUCUAUAGUUACAGCCCAGUCUAUGGGGGUGCCUAAAUCUUGAGUGCAGGAGAUCAAAGGGAAAUGAGGGACUUUUCAGUAAGAAUCCGGGACUGCGGGUUGAGCUGUCAACAGAGGGACUGUCCCGAGAAAAUCAGGACAUUUGGGAGUGCAGGAGAUCAAAGGGAAAUGAGGGACUUUUCAGUAAGAAUCCGGGACUGCGGGUUGAGCUGUCAACAGAGGGACUGUUCCGUGAAAAUCCGGACAUUUGGGAGAUGUUUGUACGACCUGCUAUCAACAUUGUGUGGCUGUGAUGGGCCGUCAGCUCCGUCAGGGAAAAGUCAAUGGUGUUGUAUGGAAAAAAACCCGGUGGGCCCAGCAGCCCAGACCCAAACCUCCACCGAUGUGUCGCAGCCGAUGCCUCCCGUCCUCUCUCCUUAUCCCAGCCUCCCCCCAGUCUCCCUCCUUCUCUCACAUCAGGCGGAGUCUCCAAUCCCCAGCAGAGGGACCUCAUUUCUCGUGUAGGAAAACACAGAGCUUGUUAGGGAGAGGUGAGGCUGGACCACAGUACGGGGAUGAUCUGCUACACACUCCCAGUACACGAGUAGCCCAGCAGGGCCAGUCAGAAGCCGAAGAGGCUACCAUAGCCCAUCAUUUCCCUCCCUGCAUAGGAUGGAUCUUCCUAUCUCCCCAGCUCAACUUUCUCUUUCCCCAUGAUGAGAACAAGCCUGUUGCUUGCGGACCUUAUUCCUAUUUGGGGGUGAUCUACAAUGUGGGUGCUGUAGAUGGUUGGAUUUCCAGGCUCAGCAUCUCUAUUCCAAAGUGGGACAAGCGUCCGGAAAGAAGGAUAUUCAGGCCUCCAGGCAAUAGGACACCCUGCACAAUGGAAGAUCCACCCUACUACUACUACUGCCCAUCUCUGUAAAUAAAGAGGAAAUGUGAGUACCUCUACGUUCUGACAUCUUCCGUACCUCCCUAUUUCCACCUGAGCAUGCUGCUGGCUGGCCAUGCCUUUCUUAGACUGGUAUCUCCGGUGCUCAUUGGCCACAUGGCUGCUGCUGCACAGCUUUGUCCUUAUGUCUCUCUGCUUCCAGCCAGCCACAACCUUCCCCAAAGGCUGUUACCUCUCUCAGGAGGAUGGCUACAAGACUAUGCGAUGCAGCAAUGCACAGCUAACAGAGGUACCGAGGGGCAUCCCCAAUGACACCCAUCGUCUUUACUUAGACUUCAAUCAGAUCACCUACCUCCCUUCUGACGCCUUCCGUAACCUUCCUGUGCUUAUGGAGCUGGACCUUUCCCACAAUUCUUUGGGACGUUUGGAUGUUGCUUCCUUAAAGGGCCUGAGUGAUAACUUACACUCACUGGACCUGUCUUCCAACAAACUGGUGACUAUUAGCAAAGAGAUCUUUGCCAAUCUGAAGGCUCGGACAAACCUAUCUGGCAAUCCUUGGAUGUGUGACUGUGAGCUCCAAGAAGUGUUCCGAUUGAUGGAGCUGGACCCAGGUUCAUCCAGUGGGAUCGUUUGUGCUACCUCGGUACUAGAGGAGCACGCAGGCAAGCCUUUCCUGCAGGUAGUAAAAGAGGUUGAUCUCUGUAAUGUUUACAAGAAAACCACAGAUGUGGCUAUGCUUGUCACCAUGUUUGGAUGGUUUGCCAUGGUCAUAUCCUAUCUAGUGUACUAUGUGCGUCAGAACCAGGAGGACGCUAGACGCCACCUUGAGUACCUCAAAUCCCUGCCAAGCAAGCAGAGGCACUCCGAGGAGCCAUCCACCCUCAGCACUGUGGUGUGACUCAGGGAAAAGACCAAUGAGGCUCUUUAUGAUAAGGGUUUUAAUUGCUGUUUCUUCUAUUUGGUACUUUAUGGCUGAAGAGAUUAUUCCUAUCACUUAAGGUCAACAUUCAGCCACCCCAGCUAACCUUCACUGGAUCAUUAGGUCAUAAGGCCAACGCAAUGGCCUCCCUGCCUACCUUGACUAGGUUAUCAAUCACUGGAAACAUACACUGCUUUCUCCAUGCUCUACAUGUUCUCUUCAUUCCAUGACAGCCAUAAAUCCAAGGGAAUGAGUGAUAAAAACAGAGCUAAUUAAAUAGAAUCUCAUGUUUUUGAUCACGAUAGAGGGGGGUCUAGAAGCUGAGCGAGGAUGGGAGGUUAUAUACGGUGCAUAGGUUUAGGGUUCCAACAGAUAGGCUGCAGGGCACAAGAUCAUCAUUAGGAAUGGCCUGGGUAACCUAAACUCUAAAGAUAUUAUAGUUUAUCAUGCUGAAAAUAUAAACCAAUAGCUGUGGGUAUAGGACUAGAUAAGUAUGCGUGCACAAAAUGUGAUCCCCUAGGGAUAUGUAUUGCGUGUGUGUGUGUCCAUGCCCAAUCGUAUGCAUGCCUUGCCUUCAUUUCCACCCAGUGAGAGAACUGUCCAUAGAGAAACACAAAUAAGGCCAGUAGUGGGGGGGCUGGUUGAUGGCAACAGUUUCAUAUAUUUUUCAGUGCAAGCAGUCUGUGCCGUUGUUACCAUUAGACGUUGACAAGACAUGUUUCCAUGUUGUUUGGUAUCUGCUAGCCACCAUAUCCAUGUUCCCCAAAUCACCAUGUCCAUGAGGUGUUGCCAGUGAGCUCUAAUGAUAUGGAUUCCCUGCAUUAGAUAGCCUGCCCUGGUCCCUCAGCCACUUUCACUGUUGGUGCCUGCUAGCCACCAUACUUACAUGCCCUGAAUCACCUUGUUAUUGAUGCCCAUGGAGUGUUGCCAGUGAGCUCCAAUGAUAUGGGUUCCCUGCAUUAGAUAGCCUGCCCUGGUCCCUCAGCCACUUUCACUGUUGGUGCCUGCUAGCCACCAUACUUACAUGCCCUGAAUCACCUUGUUAUUGAUGCCCAUGGAGUGUUGCCAGUGAGCUCUAAUGAUAUGGGUUCCCUGCAUUAGAUAGCCUGCCCUGGUCCCUCAGCCACUUUCACUGUUGGUGCCUGCUAGCCACCAUACUUACAUGCCCUGAAUCACCUUGUUAUUGAUGCCCAUGGAAUGUUGCCAGUGAGCUCCAAUGAUAUGGGUUCCCUGCAUUAGAUAGCCUGCCCUGGUCCCUCAGCCGCUAGACAUUUUUGUCUGCAAUGAUUUCCUAUAGAAGCUGUUGAAUUCCAGAUGAAAGAAACAAACACAUUGCCCUUUAUAAAGGUUCACCAACUGAAAAUAAUACAGCACUGACAAUAAUACAGUGUAGUUCUAUUUGCAGCAUGGAUUCUUGGCUUGGAGAAAAGGUGAUGCAACCUGUAACGGAAAGGUCUAGAAAAGCAGCAAUAGCCAUUACGGUGGGGCAAGAAGCUCCUACGGCUAGCGUUGAGAUCUCUGACGUACAUCAGAGCUUUUAUUCUCUUAGGAGAUUUAUACCCCUUCUUAUUCUAUGAGGCAUGACAUAUUGGCCGCCACUCUAUUCAGGAUUUGAUUUGCAAACUGUCUGCCUUUUUAAAAUUGAUUCCCCCCCCCCUUCCUUUUCCCUGAUAGGAUGGAGCUGCCCCGAGCCUCUGCUUUGCAUCCCUCUUGCUUGGCAGCUCCAUUCCACAUGUUAUUUUAUUACGCGCGCUAAGCGCCAGAUGUCAAUGCCGUAUAUUUUCCUCUCUUACGAUGUACGUUCCUCUGUGUUCCGCCAAAUCUCAUCUCCCCGGCAUAAUCACUAGAUUUACAUGAAAUUUCCAUCCAUUUCAUCUCCGAGUCAGGGCUGAGCGGAUGGCGAUGCUACGAACCUAAGUCGCUUAACAUGAAUAUUAAACCCGUUUGCUGGAUCUAGGCCAGAUUCCGCUUUAUCCUCCAUUGUGUUUCCAUUAAACGAGCGGCGUUUACGGGGCAUUUCCAUGUCUUUCUAGGGAUUUAAAGAUCAGGUGAACCUUUUUAAUACAUUUAGAUAUUGACCAGAAAACUGUGAAGCAGUUUUGCAAACAACACGGAACGUUUGCAUCAGGCCCGUUGCUGGGCGGCCCGGGUACCUGGUACCCCAAUUUUAUAUGGUUCUUGUUUAAUAAAAUGUGAUCCCGUUGGCCGUAUAACUGAGAAUAACCGUGUAUCUCUCCCCAACUGAAACCCUCUACUCUGGGCUAGAGAUCAAUACAUGAGACAGAGUGGGAAGACACUUGCCUUAACUAUUACUUUCACAAUAAACUGAUACAAAAAUG